GAGGGAGGGACUGGGGUGAGGUUUGGUGUGGAGGAUGCUCUCUUCUAGGGGUUUUUGGCGGAAGUGAAAAACCUGUGGACUCCAAUCCCAGCUGUGCUGCAGAAAGGACGCCCAGGGGGCAGGUGGUUAGUAUUUCCUGACUACACAUGACAAAACUUAAUGAAGCUCUUUUGGAGUUGAACCUAAGCACUGCUGCAUACAAGAUGAAGAUGUGGUUUUUUAUCAGUUACCUAAUUACAAUGUGCUUCAUAUCCUGUCUAGCAGUUGCAGAAGAUGCCAAAGGAUUUGGACCAAUUUUUGAAGAGCAACCAAUUGAUACCAUUUAUCCAGAAGAAUCACCAGAUGGAAAAGUAUCAUUGAACUGCCGGGCCCGAGCUAGUCCCUUUCCUGUUUACAAAUGGAGAAUGAAUAACUGGGAUAUUGAUCUGACAAAUGAUCGCUACAGUAUGGUAGGAGGGAAUCUGGUAAUCAACAACCCUGACAAAUUGAGAGAUGCUGGAAAGUAUUUCUGCUUAGCUUCAAAUAUCUAUGGAAUGGUUAGAAGCACUGAAGCAACUUUAAGUUUUGGGUAUCUUGAUCCUUUUCCACCAGAGGAACGAGUGGAGGUAAAAGUAAAGGAGGGGAUAGGCCUUGUUCUUCUGUGUGAUCCUCCUUACCACUUUCCAGAUGAUCUUAGCUAUCGUUGGCUUCUAAAUGAGUUUCCUAUAUUCAUCACAAUGGACAAACGACGAUAUGUAUCUCAGACCAAUGGAAAUCUAUAUAUUGCAAAUGUAGAGGGAACUGAUAAAGGCAAUUAUUCAUGCUUUGUAUCAAGUCCUUCAAUUACAAAGAGUGUAUUCAGCAAAUUUAUCCCACUCAUCCCUCUUUCUGACCGCUCAACAAAACUGUAUCCUGCUGAUAUCAAAGUCCAGUUCAAGGACACAUAUGCACUGAUGGGCCAUAAUGUAACAUUAGAGUGUUUUGCCCUUGGAAACCCUGUUCCUGAGAUACGGUGGAGAAAAGUUCUGGAACCAAUGCCAAGCACAGCUGAGAUUAGUAUGUCUGGGGCAGUUCUUAAGAUUUUCAACAUUCAGCUUGAAGAUGAAGGAACUUAUGAAUGUGAAGCUGAGAACAUCAGAGGAAAAGACAGACAUCAGGCAAGAAUUUACGUCCAAGCAUUUCCUGAAUGGGUAGAACAUAUCAAUGACACAGAGGCAGAUAUAGGCAGUGAUCUAUACUGGCCUUGUGUGGCUACUGGCAAACCUAUCCCUACAAUCAGAUGGUUGAAAAAUGGAUAUGCGUACCAUAAAGGUGAGCUGAGACUGUAUGGGCUGACCUUUGAUAAUGCUGGAAUGUACCAAUGCAUAGCUGAAAAUGCCCAUGGAGCGAUAUAUGCGAAUGCUGAGCUCAAGAUUCUGGCUAUGGCUCCCACCUUUGAAAUGAAUCCUAUGAAGAAGAAGACCCUGGCAGCUAAAGGAGGACGUGUUUUAAUUGAAUGCAAACCUAAGGGUGCACCUAAACCAAAAUUUUCAUGGAGUAAAGGAACAGAAUGGCUUGUUAAUAGUACUCGAAUUCUCAUUUGGGAUGAUGGUAGCCUUGAAAUCAGGAACAUCACAAGGGCUGAUGAAGGCACUUACACAUGUUUUGCAGAAAAUAACAGAGGAAAAGCUAAUAAUACUGGAACUCUAUUAAUCACAGAUGCCACGAGGAUUACUUUACCCCCAGCUAAUGCUGAUGUCACUGUGGGUGAGAAUGCGACCAUGCAGUGCUCUGCGUCCCAUGAUCCUGCUCUGGACCUCACGUUUAUUUGGUCUUUGAAUGGAUAUGUGAUUGAUUUUAACAAAGAAAAUCGUCAUUACAUGAGGAAUUUUAUGUUAGAUUCCAACGGUGACUUGCUUAUUAAAAAUGCCCAGCUGAAACAUGCUGGACGUUAUACUUGUACUGCUCAGACAAUUGUGGACAAUUCUUCUGCUUCAGCUGACCUUGUUGUUCGAGGCCCACCAGGCCCACCAGGGGGUGUGAGAAUAGAAGACAUUAGAGAUACUUCUGUAGCACUCACAUGGAGCCGUGGCUCAGAUAAUCAUAGUCCAAUAUCUAAAUAUUCUAUUCAGACCAAAACUAUUCUUUCUGAUGACUGGAAAGAUGCCAAAACAGAUCCACCAAAUAUUGAAGGGAAUAUGGAAUCAGCAAGGGCAGUAGACCUAAUCCCAUGGAUGGAGUAUGAAUUCCGGGUAGUAGCAACCAAUAUCUUGGGAACAGGAGAGCCCAGUCUACCAUCAAACAGAAUCAAAACAGAGGGUGCUGCACCUAAUGUGGCUCCUUCAGAUGUAGGAGGAGGAGGUGGAAGCAACCGUGAAUUGACAAUAACAUGGGUGCCUUUGUCACGAGAAUACCACUAUGGCAACAAUUUUGGUUACAUAGUGGCUUUCAAGCCAUUUGGUGGAAAAGAGUGGAAAAAAGUAACAGUUACUAAUCCAGAUAUUGGCCGGUAUGUUCAUAAAGAUGAAACAAUGUCCCCUUCCACUGAAUUUCAAGUAAAAGUGAAAGCCUUUAACAACAAAGGAGAUGGACCAUUCAGUCUUACAGCAGUCAUUUAUUCUGCGCAAGAUGCACCCAAUGAAGCUCCUACAGAUGUGAGCAUAAAAGUCCUAUCUUCUUCUGAAAUCUCCGUUUCUUGGAAACACGUUUUUGAAAAAACUGUGGAGGGCUAUCAGAUUCGUUACUGGGCUGCACAGGAUAAGGAAGCAGCUGCACAGAGAGUUCAAGUCAGCAGUCAAGAUUAUUCUGCCAAACUGGAAAACUUGCUACCUGAUAUGCAGUAUUCUGUGGAGGUUAGGGCCUAUAACAGCGCAGGAUACGGACCUCCCAGCGAAGUGGUUGAUGUCUAUACAAGGAAAGCACCCCCAAGUCAGCCUCCAAGGAUUAUUAGUUCAGUAAGAUCUGGUUCAAGGUACAUUAUCACCUGGGAUCAUGUCAGAGCAAUGUCAAAUGAAUCUACAGUGACAGGAUAUAAAGUGCUCUACAGACCUGAUGGUGAACAUGAAGGCAAGUUAUAUUCAACUCAUAAGCAUUCAAUAGAGGUCCCAAUCCCCAGAGAUGGAGAGUAUAUUGUGGAGGUUCGAGCACACAGUGAUGGAGGAGAUGGAGUGGUAUCACAAAUUAAAAUUUCAGGUGCAUCUGAAGUUUCGCCUAGUCUCUUUGGCUUAUUGCUGCCUACCUUUGGCAUCCUAGCUUUUUGGGAAUUCUAAUGGUAGUGGAUAUCUGCUAUCAAUGUACAGUUGUGAAUGCUCUUCAAAUCUUUAAGGACUACCAUUCUUUCUGAUUCCUGUGGCACUAUCCUAAGCCAAAUCAAUUAUAUAUUUAAAAAAUUUCCCUGCUGGGUUACAGUAAAUUCAAGGACUGAGGCAUCCAGGAACCCAUUCAUCUAAUGAAUACUCUUUGGGAUGUAUACAAAAUGAUUUUAACUUGUUACAAUAUGCCUUAUAAAACUCUCAAACUGAUUUGUGACAGUUGCAUGAUUUGGUCAAUAGAGCAAAUUAAUUGUUAACAUCCACUAAUAUAGAUUGUAUAGUAAGAGUAAAAUCACCAUCCAAGGGUGCUUUAAUAACAAGUUGUGAAGUAUACUAGAGAUUGAAACAUUAAUUUAUGUGAUAAAUGUAAGAAUAACUUGAUCUGUUUGUAUUCUUCUAUAUGUUUUGUGUCCUAUGUAUUUUAGAACGGCCAUAUCAUUCACGAUACUUUGUUUUUGGAGGCACAGUCAAAGCAAAACAUUGAAUUCGUCUUGUAGAGCUUUCCCCACCCUAGAAAUGCACAUUUUAAUAUUUGAAGCAUUUUGAAAGCAGUCUAGUUAUGAAGGUUUUUCAGUGAAAGUAUAAACAUUUGAAUUAUCUAAUAGCACUGGAUUU